AUGGGCGUUGCUGCCACCCUGGUGACAGCCGAACGUCGCGAGGCUGUGGACUUCAGCCUGCCCUUUCUGGACACGGCCACCGCGGCGCUGGUUGUUCGCACAGAGCCCGUGCUCGGUCGUGGCAUGCUCACUUUCCUGGCGCCGUUCUCGUUCGAACUGUGGAUCUUCUUCGCCUCCGGUCUCGCCGUCGUAAUGGUCGUCAUGUUUCUCGUCAGCUUCUUCACGGCGCGUGCAUCUGCCACGGCUGACAAGCCAGGAGUCGAGCGGCACACGUCGGGCACGCUCUUCAAGAGCCUCUGCUAUACGCUCGAGGCCUUCACGCCGCAUUAUAUUGACUCGUAUUACGCAAGGUCCGUCGGUGGACGUCUGAUCGGCAACGUGUGGUGGCUCUUCGUGGUGUUCGUGUUUUCCGCCUACACGGCUACCCUUGUGCCAUUCCUCUCCACUGAGACGAUGCCCCGACUGCUGGCGAACGCCGAUGACCUCGCCGACCAGACUGUAGUCGAGUACGGAUUUACCAGGCAGUCGUCCGCCAGAAAGUACUUCGAGAACCCGAACCUGAACUCUAGCGUGCACAAGCGCAUGUGGGAAACGAUGAACAGCAGGCCGGACGUGUUCACCGCUUCAGACAGCGAAGGCGUGGAGCGGGUGCGCUCGUCGAGGGGCCGAUAUGCCUUUUUCAUGGACGCCAACAAGGCGGAGUACAUUAGCAACCAACGACCCUGCGACACCGCCACACUGGGAGAGCCUUUCGGACGACGAAACUUCGCCGUGGCUUUGCCCAAAGAAUCAGUGCUCAGAUGA